AUGGAAGUGCUUCAGCUUAAAUACCCAACUUAUAUUUCAACGGAAAAUAAAGUUCAAGCUGGUGGUCACGAUGACUGUAUUAAAAUAAGUGGUGCUUUUAUUGAAAAGAUUAUUCCGGUCUACGUCCGUGAAAUUGAAUUUUAUGAAGAGAACAAAGAUGUUAAAGAGUUAAAAGGGUUGAUACCAACAUACUCAAAACAUUAUUUAGUGGAUGGGAAGAAUGCUAUUCAGAUUGAGAACAUAACUUUUAAUUACAUACACCCAUGUGUGUUAGACAUCAAAAUUUGUGGGCAGUCGUGGUGUGAUGACACAACAGCUGAGCGUCUUCCCGGCCGUCAAAAACUAGAUUUAAAAACGACGACUCGCACGUUGAAUAUGCGGUUCUCAGGAAUGAAAUUAUUUGAUGGGCACAAAACGUUGAGUGUCGACAAUUUGAUCUAUCGUGUGUUUAAUGAUCGAGAAUCUCUCUGCGAACUAAUUCGCCCAUUUUUCGAUAAUAUCGGCGAACACAAGGAAACGAUAAAAUCGCGUUACAUUGAUCAAAUUGUGAAGAUCGCAGAGGGAAUUAAGACAAUGAAGUACUCCUUUUACUCGAGUUCCCUUCUCUUUGUCUACGACUGGAAUACAGAAAAGGCGGACUGUCGAUGGAUCGAUUUUUCUCAUUAUUACAACAACACUAAAAAUGUUACUAAAUACGACGACGGUGUUCAGAAAGGGAUGUCUAACAUGAUCGAUAUCAUUAAGUCACUUUGA